CCAUAGUUGGGUACUACCGUCAAUAAAUGCUAAAAGUCCAAAUCCUGAUUUAAAACGACGUUUCUCUGGAUUUUGAGAACUUUUUUCUUUUAAAGUUGAAAUAAUUUUGAAAUAUGUCUACUAUACUUGAAAGAAUUUCGGCCAUCGAGGCCGAAAUGGCUAGAACGCAGAAGAACAAAGCAACAGCUGGACAUUUGGGUUUGCUAAAAGCUCGUAUUGCUAAACUUCGACGAGAACUUAUCACGCCAAAAGGUGGUGGUGGUGGUACUGGAGAAGGUUUUGAUGUGGCCAAAACAGGAGAUGCUAGAAUUGGUUUUGUCGGUUUUCCUUCUGUUGGUAAAUCGACGCUAUUAAGUAAUUUGGCUGGUGUUUAUUCAGAAGUUGCUGCUUAUGAGUUUACAACUUUAACUACCGUUCCUGGAUGUAUUAAGUAUAAAGGAGCAAAAAUCCAACUUUUGGAUUUACCCGGUAUUAUUGAAGGCGCCAAGGAUGGUAAAGGUCGUGGACGUCAAGUAAUUGCUGUUGCUCGUACAUGUUCGUUAAUUUUUAUUGUCUUGGAUGUUCUUAAACCAUUAAAACACAAAAAGUUAAUCGAACAUGAAUUAGAAGGAUUCGGAUUAAGAUUAAACAAAUCUCCACCAAAUAUUGUGUUUCGCCGUAAGGAUAAGGGUGGAAUUAAUCUACAGACUAUGGUUCCACAAAGUGAAUUAGAUUUAGAUACUGUUAAAACCAUAUUAUCAGAGUAUCGAAUUCAUAAUGCUGAUAUCACUCUUAGAUAUGAUGCCAAUUCUGAUGAUCUUAUUGAUGUAGUAGAAGGAAAUCGUAUUUAUUUACCUUGUAUUUACAUAUUGAACAAAAUUGAUCAAAUAAGUAUAGAAGAAUUGGAUAUAAUUUACAAAAUACCACAUACAGUACCUAUAAGUGCUCAUCAUAAAUGGAAUUUUGAUGACUUAUUAGAAAAAAUGUGGGAAUACUUGAAAUUAGUUCGAAUUUAUACUAAGCCUAAAGGACAAUUACCAGACUAUGGUUCACCAAUUGUUUUGCAUAAUGAAAGGAAAAGUAUUGAAGACUUUUGUAAUAAGCUUCAUCGGACCAUUGCUAAAGAAUUUAAAUAUGCUUUAGUUUGGGGAUCAUCUGUCAAACAUAUGCCACAAAAAGUUGGUAAAGAUCAUGAAUUGAAUGAUGAAGAUGUUGUACAAAUUGUGAAAAAAAUAUAAAUAUAUCUAACUCAUAUUUUAAAUUUUAAA